AUGACAAAGUUGGAAGACUACCUGGAGGGAAUCGUCAACAUCUUCCACCAAUACUCAGUCCGAGAGGGGCAUGCUGACACUCUCACCAAGGGUGAUCUGAGGAAGCUGAUCAACAAGGAAAUGGCAAACAUCCUCAGCCAAUCCAAAGAUCCAGAUUCUAUUGACAAGAUAUUCCAAGAUCUGGAUGCGGAUCAAGAUGGGCAGGUCAACUUUGAAGAAUUUGCAAACCUGGUGAUCACCGUGCUACAGACAGCCCAUGAGAAUAUACACAAACCAUAG